UAGGCCAGUCUGGGAUCGAGACGGAGGUCUAGGUGCACGUUGGAAAAAUGGCGCAGUUGGAAGACCAAGACAUUUUCAACGACGGCGAGGAGGCGCUGGGCGAAGAGGUAUUACGGAUGAGCAUAGAUGAAAUCAUCAGCAGAACCAGACUGCUGGAGAAUGACAUCAAGAUCAUGAAGAGCGAGACGUCUCGGAUAAGCCAUGAGCAGCAGGGAAUGAAGGAGAAGAUAAAGGAGAACUCGGAGAAGAUCAAGGUGUUCAAAGUACUGCCGUAUCUCGUCUCAAAUGUUGUGGAGUUGCUGGACAUCACCCCGGGCGACCAGGAGGAGGAGGAGGGAGGACACAUGGACCUGGAUGCACAGAGGAAGGGGAAGGCAGCUGUUAUCAAGACCUCCACCCGACAAACAUAUUUCCUGCCGGUCAUUGGACUAGUGGACCCAGCCAAACUCUCUCCUGGAGACCUAGUGGGUGUCAAUAAAGACUCUUACCUCAUUCUGGACACACUGCCACCAGAGUAUGACUCCAGGGUCAAGGCCAUGGAGUUGGAUGAGAGACCCACAGACCAGUACGGAGACAUCGGGGGACUCGACAAACAGAUCGAGGAAUUGGUAGAGGCCAUCGUUCUACCAAUAACUCACAAGGACAGGUUUAAGAACAUCGGCAUCCAGCCACCUAAAGGAGUACUGCUGUAUGGUGUACCAGGGACCGGUAAAACUCUGCUGGCCAGAGCAUGUGCAGCCCAGACUAAGAGCACGUUUUUGAAGCUGGCUGGACCUCAGUUGGUGCAGAUGUUUAUUGGAGACGGAGCUAAGAUGGUGAGAGAUGCCUUUGCCUUGGCCAAAGAGAAAGCUCCUGCAAUUAUCUUCAUAGACGAGUUGGAUGCCAUUGGAACAAAGAGGUUUGCUAGUGAGAAGGAGGGAGACAGAGAGGUACAGAGGACAAUGUUGGAACUCCUCAACCAACUGGAUGGGUUUUCAUCUCACAGUGACAUCAAGGUGAUAGCAGCAACUAACAGAGUGGACACCUUGGACCCAGCUCUCCUCAGGUCAGGGAGACUCGACAGGAAGAUCGAGUUCCCCCUCCCGACAGUCGAGGCUCGGGCACACAUUUUGAGGAUCCACUCUCGCAAGAUGAACGUUAGCUCUGACGUCAACUUUGACGAGUUGGCCAGGUGUACAGAUGAUUUCAAUGGGGCCCAGCUGAAGGCAGUGUGUGUGGAGGCUGGGAUGAUAGCUCUGAGGAGAGAGGCAGAGGAGCUGGCCCACGAGGACUACAUGGACGGUGAGAGAGUGUUGAGUAUUGAGUGAAAUGUUUCAGUGAAAAUAUUUCAUGGUUGGGCUGUUAAUUUCAAGCAAUCACAUUUUGUAUCCUUGUUGCUCCCCCAAAAGUGAUUGGGGAGUUAACUGUUUGAGGAGACAAGCCGAUUCUAGCUUUUCACUGAGUAGCUAGAGUUGAUCUAUACGGCAAAUAAGAGGCUUAUUAUGUGUAAGUAUAUAGGAAAGCGGAGAGUUCAAAGUGCCUUUUUUGCCCAGUUUGGAGCCCCAUUGAGAGCCAGCUGUCUACCAGGCUACAGUAGUCACUCUGUCUGUAGUGGGAGACGGUUUGGAGGGAGGAAUGUAGUUGAGGGCCACAGUGCAAUAGUGUAGUGCAUACUUUGCUGCUAGAUUAUAGUCUAGAUUGUGAGGGACUGUAUGUAUAUGCCAGGAUACACUGGACACUGUAAAAUGGGGUACGUUUUGAAGAGAGAAAAACUUACCUUUGGGAGUGCAAUAGAGUAGUGCAUAUAUACUGUCCUAAAUACUAGAUGGUGAGGUGCAACUACAUAUCAUUAUGCCAGGAUACGGUACACACUGUAUAUAUAGUGGGAACGUUUUGAAGGGAGAAAAUUGUAUUUUGAGAGUCAUGAUAUUGGUAGUGCAUAAUUGGUUCAGAUAGUGAGGGACAGCAGCUGUCUCAGAGAUAAUAUUGGGCAGUGGAAAAUGUAUUGGAGGGAGGAAGUGGUUUCGCAUUCAGGGCCAUAGUGCAUGCUUCCCUGAAUAAGUUUGAAUGGUGAGAGAGAUAUAGGGUUUUAUGUUUCUAGGAAAGGGCAUCGAUGGUAUGUACUUCCCUGAGUAAGAGGGUGAAAAUGAGUUUUCCUGGUGUUGUUUGGCUUUGCUUUGCCUUGCAGCUUUGCAUUUCCAUGUGUGAAGGUUUUCUCUGAAAUUUCAGAAGUGAGCAAUCCUGCAAUAGUUCUCUUUCUCUCGCCACCCUCCCCUUCUUUUUGCCAGGAAUUCUUGAAGUGCAAGCUAAGAAGAAAACUAAUCUUGUCUACUAUGCGUGAGCCUCAAAUCUUCUCUAGCACCUGACUGUCAUGUGACAGUCUCUCAUCUAUUAUGACAUCAUAUUGCAUCAUUCUGUAUCAUAAUUAUAACUCUCCUGUGUUGUUGUAUGAAUGUGUUUUCUACUGGCAGACCGGCAAGUAUUAUAGCCAUUGCAAGCAAUCUCAUUUUACUGCAUGUAUCCUCGUUGCUCCCCCAAAAGUGAACUGUAACCCCGCACCCCUUUUUGCAGUACUGUGAUUUCCAGCCCCUGUUUCUGCGAUCACAUUUGUGACCAGUUCAC